UAAAAAAUAAAAUAUCAGAAGCAGAGAAGAAACGGGAGAAAGAAAAGGAAGGAGAGGGAGGGAAAGAAGAAGAAGAGGCUGGUUCGGAGAUGGGAAAUGAUCGUUAAACACUUAUUGAUGUAUGGUUUUUCAAUCCCUCCUUAUUUUAAAGAGCCUCUUCGGUUUCUAUAUCUCCGACAUUUUUCUUCGUUCUUUAUCAUAAUACUUGGAGGAAGGUAUACAUCCAAAACUAAAAGAGAUCAAAGGGAUUGAGGAAACAAUGAAGCCUCUCAAGGAAGUUUCAGAAAAAUAUGAGAAGAAAAUGGAAGAGUUCCUUUAUGGUCAAAACAAGUCGCUAGAAGACUUAAGCAAUCAUGUUAGUUCUCUUAUUAGUACAAAGAUUGGAGAAUCAAUUGAAAGAAAUAAUCCAUCUCCUUGUUGCACUGCAGGAUUGCCCGCAGUUGAAUUUCCCAAGUUUUCUGGUGACGGUUUUGAUGAAUGGGUUUACAAAUGCAAUGAAUUAUUUGAUUUGUAUAAAACAACGGAUGACGUAAAAGUUGAAUUGGCAUCAAUUCAUAUAGAUGGAAAGGCUCUACAGUGGCAUAGAGUGAAGAUAGAACUGUCACCUGUUAUGAAAUGGGAAGAUUACACUCAUCAGAUGGGGUUGAAGUUUGGGGCUAAAAUUCAUGGAUCUGGUAUGGAGAACGAAUCUAGAGAGACUAAUACAACCCCUCUGAACAACACAAAAUGGCCACGCCGCAGGAUAUGUAAGUUAAGAGGAACUAGUGAUGAAGAGAGCCCAAAACUAAAAGAAUCUUACCCGAGAUUUGGUCCAUUUUACCGCAACGGUAAGUCCUCGGAGUUGUAUUUUAGGGGGAGGCUUGGUAGCAUUUACUGAAAAACUCCACAGACAGGGCAGCGGUGACCAUUGAAAUUCACUUGUCUGCAAUGAAAAAGAUAGACAAAGAGGCAAGAGCUACCUAUGACGACGGCGCAGUGGAUCAUUUGUCUGGACCUGAGUUUAGAUGGAUGAUGAUUAAAGAUGGUUGUUUAUUCCUACAACUUGUGUCGUAUGUUCUUGGAGGUGCCCAGCAACUUGGCUAUACUCCUAGCCAUAUCAUAUUUGGUCAAAAGAAAAAUAACAGGUACAAGGAAAUUAAAGAUGGAUUGAGGCCAUGUUCUUUGUUGGAAACCAAAUUCCAUUCAUAGUGCUCAAGGAAUUAAUGAAGCAAAGCUAUUUCAGGAAUGUAAUAGAGAGAGGAAAAUGGGAGGAACCGUCAGAUUUGUGUAGGAUAGCUUUGUAUCAAUUAUUAUUGUUGCCAGCACAAUAAACUCACGACUCUAGACCAUUACUGCAUAGACAUUCUAGCAAGGCCGGUCCUGUGAUUUUCGGGGCCUAAGGCGAACUCAAAAAAUUAGGCCUCCCCAAAUGAGCAAAAAUGCAAAAUCCAACAGUGUAUUAUGCAACAUAUUGCUAAUAUAGA